GAAGUCCCGAAGUGUAUGAUAUCUAGCGGCUAUUUAUAUCUGGCUACCAAGGCCGACGAUUCAGAUCUUGGGUGGUUUAGAGCCAUCCAUUUUGCCAUAUUUGCAGUGUUAACUGGUGCGAUAGUGCAAAAUUUGUUACAGAUCUUAAACAGCUAUUUGUUCAAAAUUAAAAUGUUGCGUAACUUUGUAACCAUAGUUGUUUUGUUUUUGUUACACGAAUAUAUAUGCGAUGAGAAUGUUGAUAAAAAAAAGACAUUUAGUUUUGAAAUUCGUCGUUACAAGACACCAACCGAACAUUAUUUGAAUUAUGGAGAGCAAUUAGGGCCAGACUUCAAGCAAAUUUUGAAAAUGGCGCGAGAUAAUGAUUCGAUUGCCCUGUACAGGUUCUUAGACGAUGAAUUUUAUGGCCAAAUUGUUAUUGGACAUCCAGGACAAACGUUAUAUGUAAAUUUUGAUACCACAUGGAGUUAUUCAUGGGUGAUGUCUUCGAAAUGUAGUUCCAUUAAGACGAUUGGUUGUUAUUUUCACCGUAAAUAUGAUCAUACCAAAUCGUCAGAAUAUAAAAAAGAUGGCCGACCGUUUGCCAUGGAUUUGGGGACAUACAAUUUAACGGGGUUUUAUUCUUACGACAAUAUUUCGAUUGCACAUUCGAAUGUAACUGGCCAAUCUUUUAUUGAAAUGGUUGAUGUCCCAUACGAAUUUAUCAUCAACAAAGCUGAUGGCGUUAUGGGUUUAGGUUUACAAACUGACGCAAAUUAUACCCCAUUUUUCUACACUUUACUUCAUCAAAAGAAAAUUAAAGAACCGAUAUUUUCAAUUUAUUUAAACAGGGAUCGUCAGUCGAAUCGUGGGGGUAAUGUAAUGCUAGGUUUCGUUGAUCCUAAACAUAUCCAUAAAACGAAAAUUAAUGGUAAAAUAGUAGCAGACAAUUUUACCUAUUUAAGUGUGGAAAAUUAUGCGUAUUGGCAAUUUCAAAUGGACAGGGUUGUCGUUAACGAUCCAAAGGGCGAAAAUGUAGUAGUGUGUCAAAAUGGGUGUAAAGCUAUUGCAGACACAAGUUCUAAUACAAUCGUUGGUCCGCAGGAAGACAUAUUCCAAAUCCACGAUAAGAUAAAGGCAGAAGAAUUUUUCAUGCAUAGAUAUACAGUUAACUGUGACACCAUAAAUAAAUUACCCAAAAUCGAUUUCAUACUCGGUGGGAAGAAUUUUACACUUGUAGGAGAGGAUUAUACAGUUAAAAUGUCCUACCAUUCAAUUACUCUUUGUCUGUCAGCAUUUGUUCCUGCUUACACUAUUCAAGAACAGGACAGAUGGAUCCUUGGAGGUGCUUUCUUGGCUAAAUUUUACACUGUAUAUAAUGUUCAAGAGAAAACUAUCGGUUUCGUUCUCUCUCAUUAAUUUGUAUAUGUAGUUUUCAACUAUCGCUUUUAAAAAUGACAACUGGUUGCCAUUUGAAUUAAAUUCAUUUUGUAGUUAUUUUUAAAUUAAGUCAUGCUUAAAAUUUAAAUCUAAUGCCCGUUUUUCAUCAAUUUUACACCGUACGUAGUUACGAUUUUAACGUAAUAACUUCUUAAAAAGAUCGUAAAAUCAAGGAUAUUUUAUUAUAGAACUUCUUAACUUCCAAAUUUGUUCGAUUGAGAACACUUAAAAACUUUUUAAACUUUUUACUAAAAUUGUAUAAACUUCGAUUAGAAGAAAAUAAAAUGUGAGUUUAGUGCUCAUUUAAUUUUGUAUUAAUCAUUGUUCGGAAAACAUUACACAUAAUUUUUUUACCGAAACAAAUUGUCAGGAUUAUACCGAAAAUAAAAGUUUUUUUUUAAUUAUAUGGAGAAGCAACUGAAUCAUUUUUUCAAACAUUUAAUUAAAAAAUAAUUUACAUUUAGUUAUUUUUUAUCAGUAAAUGAGGUCAGAUUAAAUUUUUACAACAUUAUAAUAGGCAAACUGGUGUUCCUUGUGUUUUUUGUCUCGUAAUAUUUUACAUUGAUUUGUUUCUUAUUCAUCUCAUGAAGCUCUCGAACAAAAAUUUGUAAUUGCGUAUAAUUUGAGACACAGAAAUAAGUUUAAUAAGCUUUUCGAUAAUAAGUAGUUUGGCGAGACGCUAACCGUAUUAAAAAAUAUAUUCGAACAUGCUAAAGGUAAUUCAUGAUUAUUUUGCCAUAUGAAUUUUCGUUAACAAAUUUAAAUGUUAAAAUCAGUUCAUUGAAAAGUUAAUUUACUUUUUUUAUGUCUCACGUAAUACGUGUACCUAUCCAUUAAUAUUAUAAGUAGAUUAAGCCUUUUUUACUUUGAAUUUAUGGUAUUAUGUACGUAUAGAAUUACAACUUAAACAUUUUGCAGUUUUGAAAGUAGGUAGACAUUCUCCCUAUGUAAAACCUACACUUUUUUUGUUUUUAAAAAUUGAUUAUUCAUAUUUUCGAAAAGUAUCUGUAUCCAAGAUGAUCUAGAUUCCGUAAGUAUAAUUUUUUUAAAAGACAAAUACAAACUGCAUUUCAUUAAUUCAUUAAAAUCUAUAUAUUGUAGUAUAGGCAUUUUUUAAUGUUUGCUUUUGUCUUGCAAUUAUUAUUGCUGUUAAUUAUAAAAGUUCAGAGAGUUUAAGUUGUAUACAUUUAUAAGUAGCAUUAGAUUUUACUGUUUCAUUUAUGUAGUUUUUUUACAAAUAAAUUUAUAUGCAUCUAUAAA